UAAUUAGGGGGCAGAGCCCUUAGCGGGGCGGGGCCUGGACUAAUUCUAGGGCUACUGAACUUGGGUGGAAGGUGACCCUGAAAGACAGGAGGGGCUCGUGAGUGGGGCACCCAUGCUGGAGGGUGGAAAUGCUGAAAGGGGCUGAGUCAUGUGUCUCCAGUACCCAAGGGAGGAUUCGGGGGCACAUAUGGCUGCUACAGGUGAAUGGGAUUUACAGAUUCCCACACUCCUGAUCCGAGAGUCCUGGUGCCUGACGAUGCCCAUCCCACUACACCCCCGGGUGACCUCAUCGAGAUCCAGGUGGUGAAGGUGACGGAUACCACACUGGUCCCUGAGCCCCCGGAGCCAGGCUCUCUUCACUGUGCCUUGUGUCCGGCUGCUUUCCGGCUGGUUUCCGAGCUGUUGUUCCAUGAACACGGGCACCUGUCAGGGGCUGAGGGAGGCGGGCAGGGUGGGGACCCAAGCCGAUGUCAUGUGUGUGGCCACAGCUGCCCAGGGCCUGCCAGCCUCCGUGCCCACUACAGCUUGCACACGGGAGAGCGGCCCUACCGCUGCCCGCUCUGCCCCCGGGCCUUCAAGGCCUUGGCACCCCUGCUCCGGCACCAGCACAGACAUGGCGUGGAGCCAGGGACCUCUCGCAGGUCUCCAGAAGCGACAGCGGCUCAAGAACAGAGGCCAGGGGUGCCCCAGGAGAGGUCGGAGGUGGUGAUGGCGGCGGCGGCGGCAGGAGCAGCGGUGGGGAAGCCUUUUGCUUGCAGGUUCUGUGCCAAACCGUUCCGCCGCUCCUCAGACAUGCGUGACCACGAGCGGGUGCACACGGGCGAACGGCCGUACCACUGCGGUGUCUGCGGCAAGGGCUUCACCCAGUCCUCGGUGCUGAGCGGCCAUGCCCGCAUCCACACGGGUGAACGCCCUUUCCGCUGCACCCUCUGUGACCGCACUUUCAACAACUCCUCCAACUUCCGCAAGCACCAGCGCACCCACUUCCACGGGCCAGGGCCGGGGCUGGGAGAUUGCGGAAGCCAGCUGGGACCGGUGGCUGAGGGGCCAGGGAGCGGGUGUGGGGCAGGAAACACCCUGGAAGAGGGCUGUGGGGAGACAGUGAAGAUGAAAGUGGAGGUCGACCAGUAGUCUAGGAGAGCAGGGCCAGGGCCACGGGGAUUAACCCAGGAGGUAGGAGAUUGAGAGGAGGGGCGGGGAAAGGAGGCCAGGGACAGAAGAGGGGAGACUGAGGCAGAGAUGACAUAACAGCUGACUGAGCUAGCCAUGAGCAGCUAGGGUUGGAUAACAGAGGGAGAGGAAAGAGAGUACCAGGUUCAGGAACCCAGAAAGCCACACAACACCUCCGUGAGACUUAGAAAAAGUUACAGACACAAUCCCUUGGAUGCCCAGGUAAACGAGAGAAACGUGAGCUGCGUUUCAUGCCCCAUUGGACUCCACCUUGGGUUGUCCUUGUGCGAGACACAGCUUGUGAUGCAAGUCUGGGCACUCAGGAGGCGGAGCCGGGAUUGGGUGGAAGGGGUGGGCUCAGGGUCCCCCCAGCCCCGCUGGUCCAGCCCCUCAUCUGCAUAGCCUGGGACUCUUGGGGGCUCCCUAGGAUGGGCCAGGAUGGAAUCUUUUGCCUACCUCACUGGAUUGCACUGGACCUGGGAUUCCUCCCCACCCUCAGGCAGAAGAGGCUCUCUAGGCCCUCUGUAAAGAGACUCUGGGAUCCCAUCACCUCGAAGCCACAGGGUCCCCCAGGCACUUGAGCCUCCAGGAUGUGAGCCUGGCCAUGUGGAUCUUGCCUCCAAGGGCUGCUGCCCCCCACCCCCACCCCGGUCCCUUAACCCAUCCUGACCCCUAUUGGGAGGCAACCGAAAACACUGACGACAGUCACUUAAUGUCCACCCCACCCCCAACCCCCACAAAAGCUGCCAGCUCAGUCCCCACAGUCUCCCCAGCUACAGAGUAGCCUCAGGUUUCUCUGAUAUCCUCCACUUCAGAUUUGACGCAAACAGCCUACUGCCCAGUCCUCAAGCAGAACCAGAGAAGGUUUGUCUGAUGGGGCAGGGCAGGCUGGUCGGGUUCAAAGCUUGCGUGUGGUUGGUAUGAAAGAAAAGGAGUCACCUUGGUGUUGGGAAGAUGAGGACUUGAGAACUGGAGGUGGGAAGCCUCCAGCUCUAUUCCUAUUAAAAGACUUUCUCGAGGA